AUGGCUUUCAGAGUGGUUCUUCCGGCUCAAACAGUCAAGGAAACAUGGUUGCUAGACAUGAGCUGCAGUGACUUCAGUGCGGAGGUUCUCGGCAUCCAAUGGGCAGUUAAUCUCAGCGUCCAUCUUAACACUCCGAUGACCAUCAUUUUGGAUGGCAAAUCAGUUUUCCAGUCAGUCGCCAAUGUAAAUUUUUCCUCUCCAGCGGUUAUUAUUGACCUAGCUGCAACUAUCACCUCUUACUCAACACCUCUUGAAAUCGGGUGGGCCCCUGGUCAUGUUGGCAUUCACAUAAAUGAAGCGGCAGACCAAGCCGCUACUCAUGACACUCCCAUCGGCUCCUGGUGGAGACCUCUCAUGGCAUGUGACCUCAUAUGUCAGAUGCGAAAAUCGAUCAUCCGCAACUACACCAAUACCUGGUCUACUAUUCUUUGGGGGAAAAAUCCCACCCAUCUCAGACCUUUCAUCACUUGA